CUGCUGAUGUGUUUUACAAACUGGUUUCACUUUUGACAAAUCACAGCCUCAUAGACACCUGUAAAUAUCAGUUCGGUAGCAGUUCAUGAAAAAAACAUCAAAUUGUAAUCAAAUAGAUUUGUGAAUGCUGAUCAUCAAGAAUGACUCAACAAGUCUUAGUUUAUUUCAUGACUUCCCUCAUUUUAGUUUCUGCAGAGGAUGUGAAAUAUUUCCUGAAAGGUCAGGACAUACACUUCAUGCCAUCCAUCUCUGAACGACCUAUUGAAUCUAUCUGGGUACAUAAUGAAAAUGAGGUGGUAUGGUUUACUGGCGCGGAGGAGGAUGUGGCUUCUUCAUACAAGAACAGAAUCACUCUGGACCGGGUCUCUGCAGAACUCACCAUCAAAAACGCCACAUAUGAAGACAGUGGAGACUAUCUCCUAGAAAUGAACAUAAACAACGAGCUUGCUACUUUGCUGUAUAGAAUUGAAGUUAUAGACAAAGUAUCCAAACCCAACAUAUCCUGUGAGAUGAGCGACACAAAGCAGGCGACACUUGUGUGCUCAACAGAGUCCAAACAUCCUCAUUUAUUAAAGUUGAAGUGGAGCUCACCAGGAAAGGAGCAGACUGGACCAAAUUUAACAAUAACUGUCAGGAAUGAAGAUGAUGAUCAAGUUUAUCGUUGUGAUGUCAGCAACCCUCUGACCAAUGAAACGGCUUCAUUCACCGCUAAGGACUGCUUCCCGGGUAAAAGAUCAGAGUCUCUACCAAUUAUCAUAUUAGUCUGUAUCUUCACUCUGGUCAUCAUCUGGAGUUGUGCUUUAUACUUCAAACGUCAUUAUCUGAAAGCAUGUUUUGAUAAAUAUAUUUGGAACAGAAGACCAAGUGCAGUAAAAGUGUCCAAAAAACGUGAUGAAAACACAUCCUUCUUAGACCAAGUACUCACUCUUCCCUCCAAUCACAAUAAAAAAAGAAAAAAGCGGAAUUCAGGAUUGAACGUGUCGACUGAGGAUAAGGAGAUGGAUUCAGAAGGAGCCAUGCUACUCACUGCUUCUGUUCAUGCACGUACUUCCUCUUCACCAAUCUCACACAAUAUCACUGAACUUUCAGGAAGUAGAAGACGAAGCAACAGUUGGUCGGGAAUCAUUUCUACACAUGAAAGAAAUGUACAUCUCAAAAAGAAGAACGAUUUCAGCGAGAGAAUAAUUACAAAUUGAAUAAAGUCAAUUCAUUCUUCAAAGAUUAGAAAAAAAAAGAGUAACUGAAGCCAUUUAUGCUAAAAGGCCAUCUUGAAACAAAAAUGGAGGUCAGCAACAUGACCUGUCAUCAACUUCCAUCCAUUCAUCCAUUUUCUACUGCUAGUACCGUACGGGGUCGCGGGGGGUGCUGCAGUCUAUCUCAGCUGGUUUCGGGCGGAAGGCGGCGUACACCCUGGACAAGUCGCCACUUCAUCGCAGGGCCAACACAGAUAGACAACAUUCACACUCACAUUCACACACUAGGGCCAAUUUAGUGUUGCCAAUCAACCUAUCCCCAGGUGCAUGUCUUUGGAGGUGGGAGGAAGCCGGUGUACCUGGAGGGAACCCACGCAGUCACGGGGAGAACAUGCAAACUGAAAUGAGGAUAACCUGUGGCACUGAACACCACAAAAACAAAGGGACUCAUCUUUGACGUCAGGAAAAACACCGCCCAUUUCUACAUCAACGGUUGGGAGGUGGAGAGAGUCAGCUCUUUCAGGUUCCUCGGCACCCCCAUAUCUGCUGACCUCUCCUGGACCCCAAAUACAACUGCGGUCAUCCGGAAGGCCCAGCGGAGACUCCACUUCCUGAGGGUGCUGAGGAAGAAAAAACUGGAUGGUGACCUUCUAUCGCUCGGCUGUCGAGAGCCCGCUGACGUACUGCAUAACAGCGUGGUACGCCAGCCGCACUGAAGCAGACAAAAAGGCAAUUCAGAGGGUCAGAAACUCUGCAAAAAAAAAUAAUCGGCUGACCCCCUGCCUUCACUGAAGGAUUUACACAACUCCCGUUGCCUCAACAAAGCAAAACACAUUACCAAGGACAGCACACACCCUGGCUUCCACCUGUUCCACCUGCUACCACCAGGCAGGCGCUACAGGUGCAUCAGAGCCAUGACAAACAGGCUCAGAGACAGCUUCACCAUCUUCAACUCAACCUUAUAAUAAAUGAUUCACCCCUACACAGCAUCCUACCCUGAUACCCUACUGUGCAAUAUUACCCUUUGAGUGCAAUACGUCUGACACCAAUUGUCAUUACUUAUUACUCCAAUACUCUUGUUUUGCUCUGUAUAUUGUACAGUAUUGUGUAUAUUGUUUUGUAUAUUGUACAGUAUUGUGUAUAUUGUUUUGUAUAUUGUACAGUAUUGUGUAUAUUGUUUUGUAUAUUGUACAGUAUUGUGUAUAUUGUAUAUUGUACAGGAUUGCUUAUUUUUUUUAUUGGAUAGUAGUCUGUUUAUUUCAAUUCCUAUUUUGUAUCUUUAUUACUUCUUAUGUGAUUUAUUUUUAUUCCAUAUUUCUUUCCACUGCCACAUCUUAAAUUGGAGUCCUUAAUCUCAUUAUAUGUAAAUAUAAUGACAAUAAAGUCCAUUCUAUUCUAUUGUAACCCCUGUGCCACCGUGCAUCAACUUACAAUAUUCUAACAUCCCUCCCCAGAAGAAUAGGCCAUUUUCCACAAGGAACUUUUUCAGGAACUUUCCCACUUACCCGAGUACAUAAAGUGUAGUAAAUGAAUGAAUGAAUGAUGGAGUCUCACUUCUCUGUGAAGCACUUUGAGUGUCAAGAAACACGCUACUGUAUAUAAAUCUAAUCCAUUAUUAAAGCUUAUUUACCUGAUGUUGUAUACUUUUACUAUUUACAUUAAAUAUCCACGGAAUGUAAUAUAAAUAUAACAUCUCAGAUUAUAUUUGUCAUUUCAGAGCCAGGACUAUUUCCUGAGCUCUGUCUUAUAAAUUUAAAUUGAAGGUCAUCAAAUGUGUCAUGCUGUAGAUUUCAGUGUUUGUUUAUUAAGUUUCUAUUAGAUAUAUGAUGUACAGUAUCAUAUACAUUAACAUGACAGAUCAUGUACAUUUGUGAUGUAAUCAAAUAAACUGAUGUCUGACGCUCA